AACAAAUCACGCCAUGGCGUCAGGGUUUAUUCCACAGACAUGGGAAAUGUACGAUAUGUUUCAAGCAUUGCUACAGGCUCCAUCGUACCAUCUUUUCUUUGAAGCAUUGCUUAUAAUCUGGAUCUUUAAACUACUGUUUUUCUCAAAGGCGUAUGCCCCGGAAUCCGUUCUAACUGAGAAAGAAAAGGAGGAACUGAUUGCGGAAUGGCAGCCCGAACCUCUUGCCCCCGAAAUCCCGGAAGACCACCCAGUAUUACAGGCUAUGGAAAAUAAUAUAAUUACGGGGAAACCUGGUAAAUAUGUUACAAUCAAUGGAAAGUCUUGCAUAAACAUGGCUACACUGAACUUUUUAGGUAUGGCUGGCAACCCCUCUGUUGAGGCUGCUGCCAUUAAAACUCUUAAGAAGUAUGGUGUGGGUUCAUGUGGGCCCAGAGGAUUCUAUGGUACUAUGGAUGUUCACUUAGAACUAGAGGACAAACUAGCUAAAUUCAUGAACUGUGAGGAAGCUAUUCUUUAUGCAUUUGGAUUCGCUACAAUAGCAAGUGCUAUACCAGCAUACUCCAAGCGAGGUGAUGUGAUAUUUGCAGAUGAGGGUGUCUGCUUUGCUAUUCAAAAAGGAUUAGUUGCCUCAAGAAGCAAAAUCAAGUGGUUUAAGCACAACGACAUGGAAGAUCUUGAACGUCUUCUUAUUGAACAAGCCAAAGAAGAUAAAAAGAACCCCAAGAAAGCUAAAGUGACCAGGAGAUUUCUUUUGGUGGAAGGACUUUAUGUUAACUACGGAGAUUUGUGUCCACUACCAAAAUUAGUUGAGCUGAAGUGGAAGUACAAAGUUCGACUCUUUAUUGAAGAAAGUCUAUCAUUUGGUGUUCUGGGGGCAACUGGAAAAGGUAUAACAGAACAUUAUUGCAUCUCUCAGGAUGAGGUUGACCUGAUAGCAGCAUCAUUAGAAAAUGCUAUUGGAUCAACUGGAGGAUUCUGCUGUGGGAAAAAGUAUAUUGUAGAUCAUCAGCGAUUAUCAGGACUUGGAUACUGUUUUUCUGCAUCCUUACCACCCAUGCUAGCCACAGCAGCAAUAGAGUCCUUGCACUUGAUUGAUGAACAGCCUAUUAUGCUGAAUCAGCUACGCGAGAAUUCUGAAAAAAUCCAUGAAAAGCUGAGAGAAAUCAAAGGGGUACUUAUAGUGGGAGAACCCCUAUCACCUAUCAAGCAUAUAAGACUGGCUGAGCCAAGCACUGACCGAGAUUUUGAUGUUCAGACUUUGCAGAAGGUAGCGGAUCUCUCUAGGGAAAACAAAGUCGCUAUAACUCUUGCUCGCUAUUUAGAAGAAGAGGAGCAUAAGCUCCCUGUGCCAAGUAUCAGGAUAUCUGUGAACAACCAGCUCUCCGAUAAUGAGAUUGACAGUGUAUGCUCUACACUUAAUGAAGCAUUUCAGAAAAUUCUCUCCCAUUGAUGAUAUAACUUAAAUCUUUUGUAGCUGUGUUAGUGUAAAUUAACUUAUUUUGAAGUUCAUAAGCUUUAUAAUUAUCAACUUUGUUUACAUAACAUGUAUUAGAAAUUUUAGAUGCAGUUAAUAUUAUUUAUACAUGUAUUGUACAUUAUACCAUAGCUACACUUGCAUUAGAAGAAUGAAGUCAUAAUAUUUAAUGGGUUAACUGACAGUUUUUCUUGAAGAGAUACUUUGUAUACAUGGUUUUCAUUUCAUGUAAAUUCUGAUCUGUACAUAUCAUCUGUCAUUAUGAUUAUCAAUAUAAAUAUAAAUUUGAA